AUGAAGGAACAUCUUGCAAAGAAAAAGGGUAACGUUCUCAUUUGUAAGGAUGUUCCUCCUGAUGUUUUUCAUCAAAUGAAUCAAUCAUUAGAAGGUACUGGCAAUAAAAACAAAGAUAAGGAGCUUGAUGAUGCAUAUGAUGAUCAAAGUCAACCUCAAACUAAUGAGCAAGUAGCUCCGAUUCAACCUAGCCAAAUGGUUCCUAAUUCUAACCUAGGAAAACAAAAAGCUACUUAUUUUGCUCCAAGAACAACUCUAGGCUCCCAACCAACUAUUAAAAGCAUCAUAUUUGUGAAAUCAGUUGAUGCGUCAGGUGUUGUGAAAGAUGCCCAAAUGUUGUGCAAUUUGUUUUCCGAAGUUAUUGAAUGGGUGGGAUAUAAAAAUGUUGUUCAUGUAGUUACGGACAAUGCAGCCAAUUAUGUAGCUGUUGAGAGAAAGAUUCAUGAAAAAUAUGAUUCUAUUUUUUGGUCUCCUUGUGCUGCUCACUAUUUGAAUCUAUUGUUGAAGGAUAUUUCUAGCAUGCCUCAUGUUGCAGAGCUUGCCUCAAAGGCUUCUAAGAAUGAUUUACAAGCUUUGAUGGUGGAUAAACACUUUACUUCCCAUAAGUUAGCAAAGUCUACAGCAGGAAAAAUGGUAAGUGCCAUUGUUUUGGACUCUUCUUUUUGGAGUAAUUGUUUCAUGAUUGCAAAAAUUAUGGCUCUUAUCAUCAAACUCCUGAAAAUUGUAGAUGGGGAUGAACGACCUUCUAUGGGUUAUGUUUAUGAUGGCAUGCAAAGGGUAAAGAAUUCAAUAGAGAAUAUGUUUAGGAAUAGGAAAACAGCCUAUCAACCAUACACCAAUAUCAUCAAGGCUAGAUGGGAUAAGCACUUGAAACGUGAUCUUCAUGCAGCGGCUUACUUUUUUAAUCCUGUAUUCCAAUAUGGUCAUGACUUCAAUGACAAGAGUAGGGUUACCGAAGCACUUAUUAAAUUAUUUGAAGUAAAAUCUCUUUGUCCCUACGCAUCCAAAGCCUUUCAAGAGGUGCAAAUGUAUCGCGAUCGGAAAGGGAGUUUCGGUAAAUCAAGUGUUGUUACCUUGGCGGCCAAUAUACAACCUGCAAUUCGUAUUCUUGGUCAAACUUCUUCUUCAUCUGGUUGUGAGAGAAAUUGGAGCUUUUUUGAACGUAUCCAUACAAAGAGAAGGAAUAGGCUUGAGCAUCAAAGACUUAAUGAUCUUGUCUAUGUUGCUUAUAAUUUGCGUUUGCAAAAUAGGGGGAAACCUAACAAGAUUUAUUAUGAUCCCAUUGAUUAUGAACCUAUUGAUGACAUAGAUUUUUGGGUGAAUGAAGAAGCACCUCCUGAAAAUUCAUCGAGAAACAACAAAGGUGAUGAUGAAUUUGACACUUCGGACUUUGUAGUUGAAGCGGAUAAUGAUGUUGGUGGUUCAAAUGGUGAAGAUGUUGGCAUUUCAAAUGUCAACUUUGAUUAUGGAGAAACAAACUUUGAUGACUAUAAUGAUUUUUACUAG